AUGGACAUUUCUGUCUCAAAAAUGUUGGUUUCAGACUGCGGUGCCAUAAAAGCAAGUCAAACUAGCAAUGUACAAGAAUUCGUUGAGCUGUGUGGUACUCAAAAGAUCUGGAAGCCUAGUGCCGGGGAAACUGUCGAGCUCGAUAUCUCGACUCUGAGCCAAGAACUUGUCGUAAAGCUGUUCCAGGAAGUCACCUACAUAAAAAUGUGCAUUACUCUACGACAAUCGCAGAUCAGAUACCUGCGCAUGCCCAACCUGGUCGAAAUGUAUUCAUGUCAGCCAGGUAGACCAGCGUUCCUGAUAGAAGGAAAUCCGAAUCUAGAAACAAUUGAAGUAGCAACUACCUUCAAAUGGGAUAUAAGUGAAGAGGCAUUCCACAUCGUUUACAAUCCAGGACUUCGACAGUAUCCUCCGGUUGAGCAAUGCAAGUACUGCGUAUUUGAGCCGAAUACAAAGUGUGGAGCAACGACAACGUCCUUGUCAUAUCCGGCAUUCGAUCAGGUUAUGCAGAAUUGCCCUGGGAAGCGAAGCAUUGUGUACCACGAGACCGUUGUCGUCACACAAGAGCAAUUCAAUCAACUCUGUUACAAUGCAGUUUAUCUGCAGAUAUGCUUUGAUAUUACUGACACCGACUACCAGUCAAUAAAUUGUCCUCGACUACGAUUGGUGAAACCCUGUGCUCCAGAACGUUGUGCUUUGAAGAGCCGUAGGUACAGUGACAAGGAAUUGGCUCGACUAUGUGCUGGUUCCGAAAUCAUAACACCACAAAAAGGGUAUUAUCUGACGGUAUCAUCAAGUUAUGUGACCGAAGAAGAGAUGAACAAUCUAUUUGCAAAAGCUGUUUUCGUGGAAAUUUGCAUAACGGUACAUGAAUCCGAGUUCACGAGACUACGGUUCCCCCACCUGCGAGAGAUACGAUCAUGUCUUCCAGGACGGCCGGCCAUUGAAAUCAUUGGCAACCUGAAGCUCAAAGAGCUGUUCAUUAUGAACACGAUUCGCUUCCCGAAAAAUGAACUUAUUUUUGAAAUCUCGGAGAAUCCACACCUAUCCAUAACGGUCAUCAAUCAACUGAAGGUGAUCUGCCCAGGGUGCAAGAUAACAGCCAAUCUGGAUUGUGAACUGCAAAGUCCCACAUACACAAACCAACAACUGGUAACCGCUUGCGCAGGAAAAAGAAUAAUACGUCCGUCAGAGGGGCACAUGCUAGUGUUCAACUCGCCGACCAUAAGUGAAGCUGAAAUGAAUGCCCUGUGUUCAAAAGCCAUCUACAUGGAGGUUUGCAUUGACAUCACGAAUUCCCGGUAUGUAGCCCUACGCUGUCCACAUCUGAAGGAGCUGCUGCCUUGUCAACCAGGUCGACCAGCCAUUCGGAUCGUGGAAAACCUCUAUUUGGAAACUCUUGUAAUUCCUUGGAACUUUAUCUAUCCCACAGGAGAAAUGAUUCUGGAAAUUAGCGAAAAUCCACGUCUUUCUUUGGUCAUCAUCAAUCAGCUCAAGAAACUAUGUCCAGGAUGCAAGAUUACUGCAAACCUUGGUAGAUAA